CAGUUGGGCCGUAACACACAGGGUUACGAACGUAAUUUCAAAAAAUUCCAGAACUCCGUCGAACUCACAUCCCCCCAAAACUCUCUCACUCCGCAUAGCGAGAGAGAAAACAACGCUCCACUCGGCAUCGGCUCUCUCUUCCUUUCCGCGGCCAUGGCGAUGGCAUCUUCCGAACAACCUCUGAAGAAGCGAAGGCUGUACGAGCCUCCACCUGAGCCGCCGGAGACCGUUGAGCAACCAGUUACCUCCGUAGCUCCGCCAAACACUCCACCUCCGCUGUCUCAAGAGGAGAUUCUCGUGAGAAGGAGAAACAGAGACGAGAUUCGAAUUGUUUACGAGAAUUACAAGAGGAUCAAGUCCUGUAUUGCCCUGAAAGGCAAAGAUGCUCGGCACAUGCCUGAGCUUGAACAAGCUUACCUAGCUCUCAUAACUGCUUCUAAAGGUUGUACAAGCGUACAGCGUCUUGUUGCUGACUUCAUUCCUCGGUAUGCCUCAUACUGUCCAACAGCGCUUGAAGCUGCUACAAAAGUCAUUAUUGAUAUGCAUAACUCUAGCUUGGCAGUGAUAAGUAGGGGAGAAGAUGUUGAUAAUGUUGCAUUUCAAACUUCUAAAGCUUCCAUUUUUGGUCUAGCUGAUAUUUGUUGCACAGCUUCUAAAGAGGCACUGGCAUCAUCAGUUAUAAGAGGCAUCUGCUUAGCAGUUUUCCAGAAUGUGCUCUCCUUUUUCGUAUCAUCCUUUGAGGGAAAGGAUUUGUUUCAGAUUGUUGAUGAUGAUAUUUGCAAAAUGAAGGAUUCUGAUGAAAUAUUUUCUGAGCUAAAGCAAAAAUUUUCAGAUGAUGAUGAAUCUUCGUCAAUUAAGUUAUCCAAAUUCCGUGCCCUGACUCUAAUCUGGAUUUUCUUCCGUUGUCCUAAGAAUUUGCUUUCUGCCUGUUUUGAGCUCUUCAAAUCAUCUGCAACUGAAGAAGCUGAUAAAGGACUGUAUUUUCUGAGAUGGGCAACAAGCAAGCUUGAUAGUCUUGAUGAUAGUGGUUUAGAUAAAAUAGAUAUAGGGCCUAAAUCUGGUACAGGUUCGCUUGGAACAAGCACCAAAGGUAGUGAGCUUAGCGGUGAGACACCAGGAUCAGAUAGUGGCAAUGUUACAGAAGAUGCAUCUCUCGUUCUGAAGAGCUCUUUGUUGGGUCUGGUUUUUGGUAGAAAUCCAUCAUUGAGUAGUUGGAUGUUUGUAAAGUACAAGAAUUUGUGUAAGUUAUCUCCAUCUAAAUCUGUGCCAGAGUUUAUAUCUAGCUUGGAAGGAAUCUUUGAAUCAUUUUGGAAACAUAUUAACAUUGAAGCCAGUCAAGUAGCCAGUGAUGAGGAUGAAACCUCAAGUGACCCAUCUGGAAGAGGUAAAUCCAGCAAUGAGAAUUAUGUUGAAAAUUUAUCUGAUCAAUAUCUGAAGCCACAUGUUGUUCCCCUUGAAACUAAUCUCUACUUGAAUGCUGGUUCUAGUCAUGAUAGUAGAGGUUCAAGGUCCAUGGACUUUGAAAGGCAAGACCAUGGGGAUUUAUCCGGUGGCAGGUCUUCAGUUCCUGGGGACCUAUCAAGCCAUCAGAUGCUUUCACCUGCUACAAGAACACCAAUGGACUUCAGGAGUAAUUCUUUUGAAGGUAGAAAUCACUUUAAGAUUGUUGACAAGAAUCAAGUUUCAAAUUCCAAUGCUGCUUCUGCCUUGAGAUCCUCUAGUGGAGGUGUAAGUAAUGCUUUGGCAUCACCCAAUAAUUGUUUUGCAACAUCAUCUCAAACUGCUUGCGCAUGGUAUUUUGAUGGUGAUCCUGCAGCCAUGGGUAUUUUCUCAGCUUCUCGGCAGCUAUGGUUGGGAUCUUUAGGGUCUGAUGCAUCUGAAGGCCAUAUAAGAUUUCAGCUUGAGAGAUUUGCUCCCAUUGAGCAAUUUUUCUUUUUUCCAGUUAAAGGAUUUGUGUUGGUUGAGUACAGAAGCAUCAUUGAUGCCAUAAGGACUAGGGAAUAUAUCCGUGGCUGUUUUCCUUGGCGAGUAAUGUUCAUGGAUGUAGGAUUGGGAACCAGGGGUGCUGUGAAUGGUGUCGCUGUUGGUUCUAGUUCUCAUGUUUAUGUUGGAAACAUUUCGAGUCAAUGGGCUAGGGAUGAAAUUCUGCAUGAAUCAAGGAAAGUGGUCUACAAGGGUCCUUACAUGGUUACUGAUCUUACUUGUGAAUGUGCAUUGCUGCUGGGAUAUGAAACUCCUGAAGAAGCUGCUGCUGUAAUGGCACAUCUCAGGCAGCAUCGAAAAGAAAAAAGUAGCCAUAUGCCACCAUUUAAUGCAGGGCCAGCUAGUGUCACUAUGUCCCAUGUUGACAACGGAAGGUCUGGUGCUGCUCCACCUAUCCAUGUUGACAGUGGCCAUAUGCCACCAUUUAGUGCUGGGCCAGCUAAUGUCUCUAUGUCCCAUGUUGACAGUGGAAGGUCUGGUGCUGCUCUGCCUAUCCAUGUUGACAUCAAAAACAAUAACUCAGCAAACAUGUCUAGCAGCUCAAUGGAACUUGUAUCUCCCAGGUUAAGGGUGGAUAAUCAUGCAUCUGCAGCACCAGGUGCACAUCCAUUUCAGUCAAACUGGCCCACUUCUGGUUGUACAGAUAUGCCUGAAGGUGGGGUGAGAAAAGUUGAUGGUUAUGACAACAACCUUAUAGCAGAUCCUGCACAAGGAGGUGGUGCUGUUGUCUCUGGUGCCUCUGGACAAGUAUGGAAUUAUAAAAAACCUGAAUGUGAGCUGCAUUCUGCACCUGGGAGCAUGCCAUGUAUGCCUGUAGCAACACAGAGCCUUUCUGCUCCACCACCAGCGCCACAACUCCAGGCACCUCCAUUUAUGCGACCUGUUUACCAUCCUCCAAACAGUUCCUGGGAUCCCAGAGGUUUGAAUCACCAUUUUCCUCAAAAUCCAAUUUCACCUGGGGUUGUGCCUAAUACUUUUCAUGGCAAUGCUGUUCCACCUCCCUUUUUACCUGCUUCUGUGACUCCACUUGCUCAGAUGCAGGGACCUCCAAUGCAGCAUUUUGAGCAGAUGUUUCCACAUCCUGUUGUCCCACCACCUUUAUCAUCAAUGCCACCUCAACCUGAAAUGCUACCUCCACCUCCACCUCCACCUCCUCCAUCCCCACCACCAUUGCCACAGUCACUGCCACCUUUGGUUCCUCCUCCACCUAAUUCUCCUCCUCCCCCUCCCCUUCCACCUAUUGCAGAAUCAACUGAUAUGGGAAGUUCUGAACAGUGUGUAAAGUAUCAGUGGCGGGGCGCAUUAUGUAAGAGUGGGGUUCAUUAUUGCACAAUUUAUGCUCAGAGACUAGAGUCUGAUCUUUGCAAAUAUUCAAAUGCCAUUUCUGAACCUGCUGAAUGGCCUGCCAAAUUAGACAUGACCAAACGCACAGAUUUUCGGCAUGUGAAGUCCACGUUCACCAACACCCCACCACAUAAAAGGGAAGUUUGUUGCUUGAUCCCAUCUUCUACAAGUGACCAUAAAGGAUUUCAGGAUUUUAUCUCGUACUUGAAGCAGAGGGACUGUGCAGGAGUGAUUAAGAUUCCAGCAAUGAAAUCCAUGUGGUCCAGGCUUCUUUUUAUUCUUCCCUACUCACAAGAUGCGUGUUCUAUGCUUUCAGUUGCACCUAAUCCAUCUGACUGCCUCAUUGCCUUGGUUUUGCCCAAAGAAACAAACUUUGAGUGGAGUCGACGGUUUCUCGUGCAUCACAUAAAAGCCUCUGGUAAGAACCCAAAGAAAGUAACAAUGAAGCUUCUUAUCUCCGUCCUCCAUUGUACAAAAAUGCUUUUCCCUCGGAUAGUCUUAUUAGUUUGUCAGUUAAUAAUAAAUGGUUUCUUGGUGAUUACGAAUGUCAAUAUGAGCAAGAAAGAAAAUUCAGAAAGGGAAAAUGAACAGAACAUAAAAACCCUUCGGGAAUACGCUGUCAGCGACACCUAUAAAUUGAACAACAAUAAGACGCAAAAACAGAAGAAAAAAAUGUCUCAUAGAUACACUAACAGCAGCAGGCAAGACGGCGACUACAGAAAUAAUUUCCCCAAAUCUCAGAAGAAAUACAUCCCCAAAAAUCAAAACCCUAAUCCGACCUCCCUCUCGACUUCUCUCAGGCAGUCUCUUCCCAAACAAUACGAUGCUCCGUCAUCCAGUAGUCGAGCAGCCGCAUCCUCAGAUUCUACCAGCAGCCGUGUUCGGAUGGGAGAGAAUGGGGAUUGGGUGCCAAACAGAGCAACUCCAUCCACUCCUGCCAAUGGCAAUUUCGUAAAUUACUUGCCACAAGAUGAAGCCGUGGCGGCCGGCCUCGGCGCUGAGGAAGGAGGAUUGGAUCCAGUGGAAUCACAGAGAGUAGUUGAUCUCUUAAAUAGGGAGUUGUCUCGCUUGCUCAAGCUCAGCCCCAGAGAAUUCUGGAAACAGGUGGCUGGCGACGCAUCUUUGCAUGAAUUCCUGGACUGCUUCUUGCAAUUCAGGAGCAGGUGGUACGAUUUUCCUCAUCGGGGUGUGAAAGGGAUCGUUGCUGGAGUUAUUGUUGGAGAGUUUGAAUUAAGCCGCCGUGUCUUCAUGCUGUUGUAUCGAAUAUCUUCAAAUAGGGAUCCUGGUGCUCGAGCUGCUGAUAGUCUUAGUGCCAACGACCACGUAGUCAUCUUGAAGGAAAAGAAGUUGCUUGACUUGCCGAAGUUGUUCGACAUAUGUGCUAUAUAUGGUCAUGAAAAUGAUGAUCUGACCAAAUUGCUGGUAGCAAAUGCUCUCAAAGCUCAGCCCACAACCCAUGAUAAUCUGACUGGAGUGUUGUCUCAUUUCUUGAGUAUUGUUCAUACAAUGCAUGAACGCUGCAGCACAUCUUUGGAGGUUCUUUUUUCUUCUGGAAAUCAUGGAGAUCAUGGAUAUGAUCGGCUUCAUAUUGACUUUUUGGAGGUCAUGGACUUUAUUAAUGAUGCCAUUGUAUCUAUGGAUGCUUUUGUUACUGCAUACAGACCUGCAGCUGUUUUUUUCUCUUGUCCUGUUGAAAUGAGUUAUGGGAAUGAAGAAUUGCUCACAACUCUUUCACGUCUGCAUGAUAAUUUACUUCCAUCUUUGCAACGGGGUUUUCGAAGCAGUACUAAAUCUGGAGAAUUCGCAAGUCUAACAGAUAUUGCUUUAAGUUUGAAGAUGUUGUCUAUUAGAAUAGUCAAAUUCGGUUGGAAACUAUUCAAUAUUUGCUAUCUUAGUGAUGAAGUGUUUUUGGGUGGACAUCCUAUCCUGACUGCAACAAAGAUGUUUCCAGCCACAGUAGAAGAUCCAUUCAUAAGAGCAGAUAUUUUGGUUCAAACUUUUAGGGAGAUAAAUGGAGUUUCACUGCAAGUUCAAGAGAAUGAGAAAUGGGAUACUUUCCUUCAGAAUGUUGAAAAGAAUUGCAAUAUAAUGAGCAAACUUGAGAAUUUGCAGAAUACUGGGUGGGUAGUCUUGGAUGAUGAACAAUUUCAGUAUUUAUCUGGGAUUAUGAUGUAUUCAACAAAGGACAUUGCUAAAGAGCAACCCCCUAAACCCCCCACACCAGCCCCUGUGACAAGCCAAAAGGUACAGAUGGAUGAGGAUGCAGCAAUUAUGCAAUCCAAAAUCAGCCAAGUAAAAGAUCUCUUUCCUGAUUAUGGCAAAGGGUUCAUAGCUGCUUGCCUUGAAGUUUAUAACCAAAAUCCAGAAGAGGUUAUUCAGAGGAUUCUGGAGGGAAGUCUUCAUGAAGAUCUGCAGGCCUUGGACACUUCCCUGGAGACAAUGCCAGUGCCCAAGUCUGCUUCAACGCUGAGCAGGAAUGAUAAAGGAAAAGGGAAACUGGUUGAAACUGUAGAAGUAUCCUCAAUUACAACAGUACCUGUAGUUAACAGACAACUGGUUGAAGGCCCAUCAGUUUCAUCCUCAUCUUCAGUUGGGAGGUUUGUUAGGAAGUCUAGAGAUGGCUCACCUGAUUAUGCUACUCUUGAUACCAGAGACGAUAAGGAUUCAUCAAGAAAAAUUGCUCUGAUUUCUCAGUACGAGUACGAUGAUGAAUAUGAUGACUCUUUUGAUGACCUGGGUCUAAGUGUUGCAGAGUCUGGGCUGGAGGAAAAUGAGCUGCUAAGUGACAACAUCAGCUUGGACUUGGGGAAGACCUGGGGUCUGCAACCUGAAAGUUUUGGUCAAUCUACGCCCAGUUCAAAAUGGGGCUCAAGAAAGAAGCCUCAAUACUAUGUCAAGGAUGGUAAGAAUUAUAGUUAUAAGGUUGCAGGUUCAGUUGCAGUUGCAAAUGCCAAUGAAGCUUCAUUAGUCACCCAAGCUCAGCAAGAGUUGAUACAUGGCCUUGGACGCGGUGGCAACCUUCCUCUUGGUGCAGUUAAGAAGCUGAUGGAGCAGGAGGAGCAAACCAACCAGCCUGAUAUGUCUGAAAUGGGAGGGAGAGAACAUGCAAGGAACCCUAGGGGCAGAGGAAAAAGAGGUGGAGGAAGACAAAGAGAGUCCCAUGAGGAGCAACAUAACCAGCCUGACAACACUGAAGAGGAAGAGAGAGGGAACGGGGGAAAUUAUAGGGGCAGGGGAAGAAGGGGUGGUGGAAGACAUAAUUACAGGAAGGAUCGGGCCAUGCAUAAGCACUUCUCUGGAUUGACUGGUUUUUAGGUACACAUGGGAAAGGGAUACCCUUUCCUUUUCAUACAAAUGGACUUAUUACUCCACACACAACUUUUCUUAAAAUCUAUUUCGAGAAUUCUUUCUACAUGAAGCUGCAAAUAAAUUGUAGAGUACAUUUCUCGACUUCCAUUUUGCGAAGUUGAGAAUAGAAAUCCCCAUGAAAGUUCAGCCUUUCACUAUGGGUAAGUUAUUUGUUUACCCAUCAAUUUCCAUCCAUUCAAGGAGGUUGAUUCAGAUUUCAGAGUAUUGGUACCCCGCUCAAACAGUUAGAAACCUGGACCGACGAAUCAAAAUAUCAUGGUAUGAUCAUAGGCUGUUGAUCAAACUUUGGCCGCUUUAGUAUUAUGACGCUGGGAAAUUCAGAUCACC